AUGUCAGGGUGGCGUGAAGUAGGUUCCUCUGCCGGUCACACCUAUGGCACAGCUCCAGCUCCCAUCCCUGACAAUCUUGCCUAUUACGAUGAGAAUCUUGAGCAGUUUUGGGUUAGUCCAGAAGUGGCGUAUGAGAAGACGGAUACUUUCUUGUGCCAGCCACCCGUGACUGGGAAUCUGGAGAUGACUCGCAAUUCCUACAACAAUCGCCAGACGCUAUGUCUACCUGCGUACAUGUCGAACCCCUAUUUGUCAAGACCCAUAUUCAACCAGCCUGAGGGAGUGCCAGUCUCCGCUUCUGGGAGCAAUUUUCUCCGUUGGAUGCCUUCUACCGAUCCUAUCCCUGAACAGACGCUCACGUCGUCCCAAGACUUGCACCAGGAGCCAUUAACGCCCCCUUCCCCAUGUGCUGAGUUAUAUACUUCAGACAUAAUGAAGACUCGGUUUACGACUACUCCUCAUCGCUCUUUCUCCUUGAAUGCUUCUUUUGACACCGAAUUAUCCGCGAGACGAGAUCCUCUUGUGGCCAACUGUAACGGUAAUCUGCCUUCGCGAUCCGUUUAUCAGAACAGUUCUCCAAGCCGGCAUCAGCAACAGCCAUCUGGAAAAAUUACUAGACGGCAAUUGCUGAAACAGGGUCUCAUGUUGGAGAAUAUACCACCAAUAAUCAAGCAGGUACAGUUCAGGUGCAGCGAGCCAGGCUGUAAGGGACGUUUUAAGAGACAGGAACAUUUGAAAAGACACAUGAAGAGCCACUCCAAGGACAGGCCAUACGUCUGCUGGGUCCCUGGCUGCCACCGUGCCUUUUCACGUAGCGACAAUCUCAAUGCGCAUUACAGCAAAACCCACAGCAAAAGAGGAGGCCGCAAUCGAUAUGUCUCCACACUUGAUGAAACCAGCAGUGACUAUGAUCCAAACUUUCGAGGACAGCUUACCCCGGAUGGUCGUCCAAUAUAUGGAUCGAAGCUGUGAGACGUACGCUAAUUCGGCCUUUAUGACGACAAAUUCUCUCGGAGACAAGUGAAUAUAAUUGCUGAUUGACCCCCUACCCCGACCAUAACUGUUUAUUUAACGACCCCUUUUUCAACUAGUUCCGGAUGAUAACACGUAUUCGAAUAUCGAAAGGCAAAAACUCGCACUAUGAGAAAUUCCUCUUUGCAUUUUCAGAACUACAGGCAUGCCCAAAGCAACUCAGAGAUCUGCUGUUUUCUUUUCUCUUCCUUGGUUUGAUUCCGUGGGAUUGAAAAAUAAUAUCCGGGAUGCCGGAGUACUCCUCCUUAAUUAUUUCCAUUUCUUGAUGUCCUCACGAAACCAUGGUUGGUUUUUUUUUUGUUUGUUUGUUUGUUUUUUGUUUUUUAAUUAGGCAAGUAUGGCUGAUCGUGCCUAGUCUUAUGUGAACGUGAUAUGAUUCAAUAGAUUCCUUCUUGCAUUUCUUUUUCUUAUUGCAGGUUUUCUGGUCUAGUGAGCAAGGAUUAAAGAAAAAAGCCUCUCUUAUGUAUCUUGAUCCCAAUUCGCUCUUGGCGAGGAAUGAAACAAGGCCAAAGAUAGGGACGUUGGGAG